GGAUCGCAACUAACUCUUCUGGAAGGUUCUUGUGGCAAUAUCAACCACAUGGAUCUUCAGUACCACCGCCGUCAAAUUGGCUGUGCUUGGGUUAUAUAUGCGAAUCUUCACCACGCCCGUUUUCAAGCGAUGGGCCGUCUCUUUGAUGACCAUAGACGUUUGUUUCGGUAUCACCUUCUUCGUCGUGUUUUUAACUCAUUGCAACCCAGUCUCUCAAGAAUGGAACCCUGUUCCACGGGGUUCAUGCAGAUCUCUAACAUUGUCCGAGUUUUCCUCCAUCGCUCUCAAUCUGGCUCUCGACACGGCAAUCAUCAUUCUCCCUAUGCCAUGGCUAUACAAGCUUCAAAUCGCAUUAAAUCACAAGCUUUUUGUGAUGGUCAUGUUCAGUUUCGGCUUUGCAACUAUUGCCAUCAUGUGCUAUCGUCUUGAAUUGACAGCCCGAAGCCCUUCUGAUCCCAUGAUUGCCAUUGCAAGAGUCGGAGUGCUGAGCAAUCUCGAGCUUUGGAUUGGUAUUAUUGUUGCCUGCUUACCUACUAUGAAACCUUUUGUUAGAGUAUAUCUCAGACCCAGCCUAUCAAAGCUCUCCCAAAAACUUUAUGGCAGCCCCACAGUGUCAACAAAAGACGAAAAUCCACAACUUCAGCUAAGGAACUUCGGGGGUUCCGGACCUUCACGCCCCCAAAAAAAACAGUAACUACACUGAACUUUCUGAAGCUCCAUCUGUGCAGACAGAUACUGACGAGUUGCAUCUCGUUCCAAAUGAAUCAUCCAAUUUUGAUGCAAAUUGUGAAUCUAGCAACA